AAAAGUCAUUAACAUUGAAGGCACACCACUCAGUUCGCAAUGAAAAUCUUAAUCGGUUUGUGUGCCCUUCUAACAUUGGUCGUAACCUCUCCCAUACAAAAAUGGCAAAGAAGUGGCGAUGGUUGUCCUUAUUUAAUAGAACACGAACAAAUGUUCAAUUGGUUUCAAGCCUGGGAAGAGUGUUUGCAAAAUAAUAUGACCCUGCUGGCUGUUGACUCAUCCUACAAGCAUCGUCAGAUUACCCUUCUCCUAAAGGAACUUUUUCCCAAAAAUCUCACCUACUGGAUUGGAGCCCAUGAUUGGAUACGUCCCAAGCAAUUUGUAUGGCAAAGUACUCAUGCCGCCAUGCAUUUCUCAGAUUGGGUCGCAGGUCAACCGAAUUACGGCUCCGAUCAUUGUGUGCGCAAUUCGGCAGCUGAAAAUCAAUGGUACGAUUCUAAUUGCCAUGACAAUUAUGGGUUUAUAUGUGAAAAUUUGCAAUGUUCGAAUGAAAAGAAUCUGGCAUAUGAAAAAAGCACUGUAACGUCUAAAUACAAUGUGCAUUUCUGGAAUGUCUUGGGAAAUCAAAAGCCAUGAGUGCAUUAAAAUAAUUCUAAUUAAAAUAUAAAUAAAUUGAAUUUAAGAAAAUCAAACUUUCAAACAUCUGUUAACGACUUGUUGUCUGGCAAUUUUAUCCAGUAAUCAAUAAAUGUUUCUCCAAUCUA